CAUGUCGUGCAAAAUUAACUUUACUAUACGCAUGGUAACAUAUUCCUGAACACCACAUUAUUCAAAUCCACAGCCCGCCAGUUCUCUCUCCCCACUUUGUCUCUAAACGCUUUUGCAGUUUUGCUACUACAAACAAAUUUGAAUCUCUCUUUUUCUUUUAUCACUGCAUUUUUCAUCCUUCUUUUUUCACUUUUUUUCCAACUUGAAAGUUGAAACUCCACCAGACCAAAAUCCCACUCAAUCACUAAUUUGUUCCAAAUUCAAUCAUGAAGUUACUAAUUUCUUCCCCUUCUUUUUCGUCAUGCUCAUCAUCAUCCACUACCACUGCUUUUGACGAAACAAUGUGCAGUUCGAAAAGCGCCACCGCCGGCUGCAUUGCCGGAAUUUUGCGCAGAAUUCUAUGCUAUGGUAGCUUCCCCACAUACCCUUCUGACCACAUCACAGAAGAAAAAGAAAAUUCUGUGGAACCUAGUUCCAAGGAUCAAGAUUUCAAUUCCAAUGAGAAAACAGGGGAGAAAACAGAGAUCUCUGCCCCUCCAAGCAUUGUGGCAAGGCUGAUGGGAUUGGAUUCAAUUCCAGAUGACAACUUGGUCAGCAGCCAAUCAACCCAAAAUUCAGUUUCACGCAGCAAAUCGAUGAAUUCUGCAGACCGGUUCGAUGGAUGUGACUCAAUGCAGCAUCGCCGGGUAAAGUCGAGUCGGUCAUUUAGAGAGAUGCCUACGUUUCUUGAGCUAGAUAAUGAGGAAUUCUUUGUUCUCAGCUUUGAGAGUGAGAGGAAAAGCAAGGAAACAGAAACAAAAGGGAGCAAAUGUGAAAAGGAACAGAGCGAAAAAACCGAAAACAGAAGAAAAAGAAAGGCAGAGAAGAAGAAGAAGCAACUUGAAGGAGGACAAAGCAGAAGGACUUUGAAAGAUUUGAAUGGAAGAGAGAUGCUGAGAAGCAGAAGCAUUUCAGAUAGAAGCACUUCUGAUAAAGAUUCAAAAAGUACUUCAAUUGCUACAAAGAUGGUAGGGAAGAAGACUAUAUGUGAUGUGCUUACAAAUGUAGAAUCUGAGUUCAGCUCAGAAGAUUUAAGCCCAGUUUCGAUUCUCGAUUGUGGUCAAUUUCUUGUUGAUCCGGAAGUCCUUUCUUCAGAAGAAGAUUCAAGUUUAGCCAAUUCAUGCAAAGAAAAUGGUCCAAAUGGUGAUGCAAGAAGAACAAAGACAAGAGAAAGCAAAUGUCUUGGAUCAAAGAAGAAAGAAUUCCAGACAGCAAAGCACAUUGGGAUGUGGAGUGAGAUUUGUAGGCUGACUGAAGCUGAAUUGGUCGGUUCAAAUUGGAUCAUAAAAAACAAGGGCAUGAGGAAUUUUGAAGGUAUUUCUGCAGGCAUUGGUGCAGAUUUCGAGUCACAGAUUCUUUGUCAAUUAUUAGACGAGCUUGUAGAUCAAUUUGCUGAUUUUCCCAUGGAAAUUCAGAACGUGUAAGAUUUACGACCUUUGUAAAUUUUGGCAUCAAAAUAAAUCAAAUCAACCAACAAAAUAUUGUAUUUACUAGAAGCAUAGUUUUUCUUCAUUCGAGCCAUAGUUAAUCUGUCUUAAUUAAAUUUAAAUUAGGAAGAGUUAGAUUUGAACUUUGAUGCAGAGGGAUAGACACAUUAUGUCAGCGGCACGAAGAAUGUUUCAAACACAAGGGAAUGUAUCAAUUAGUCAUGUGAUGAGUGUUGUAUGAGUCACCGACAUAUCUUAAUUG